AUGAAACUAAUUCCUUAUUGCAUUUCAGAAGGAUUAAUAACUAUGCAUUCAACAUUGAUGAACACAUGCUUAUGGUUUUUCAUCGUUAUUAUUAGUAUAACAUUUUUAUCGACAGCAUCACUUGAAAAUGAUGAAUAUGCUCUUGCUGAUAGUGAUUGGCUCGAUUUUGAUACUUAUUAUCCAGCAUAUAAAUUUGAUACCCGUGCAAUUAACUCACGAUUUUGGAAACGUCUACCACAACGUCAUUUUUGGAAACGAUCAGUUGUUGAAUCAGCAAUGAAAAAUAACGAUAUGGUUAAAUCUGUUUCCAAACAAGACAAACAUUAA